AGCGACAUGCAAGUGCUAAUGCUAGGUUUGUUUCUGGGAACUGUAACCCUUUGCUUAGCUGCUCCUCAGCGCUUCGAUGAUAUAAGAGGACGAAUCAUAAACGGUAUAGAAGUGGAUAUUUCAGAAGUUCCGUAUCAAGUAGCAGUUUUGUUUCAAGACCAUCAAGUCUGCGGUGGUGUUUUGAUAUCACCUACAGUAGUUCUCACCGCAUUGCACUGUUGGUUACCUCCAGAAACAAACCAAAACAUUUCCGAAUACAGUGUACGUGUCGGUUCAACUUAUUGGGAAAAAGGCGGUCAACAAAUUUUUGCCGACUCUGUUGUGUACAACAUUCCUAAAGGUGAAACUUCACUGGAAAACGACGUCGCUAUCAUUAAGUUAAAAUCUCAAGUUAGCGUUCCUAACGCCAUUCCGAUUGUACUAGACGAUGUUGAUACUGUUCACGAGGAUGGAGAACUUGUAACAUUAUCUGGAUGGGGAGCCACUCAAUUUCCAUUAAACGCGUCUGCGCCUGUAGACUUUCCGUUAAAAGAAGUAAAUCUAACGGUUACAGCUUGCGAUGAAGGUUCAUCGAAUAAGUUCAUAUGUUUUGCUCAAAAUGGAUCUGGGCCCUGUUAUGGCGAUUCAGGUGGUCCAGCUGUGAUUAACGGUAAGUUAGUCGGGCUCGCGUACAGCACAGUAUGCGGUUCAAACAUUUAUUCGGCGUAUUAUACGAGAAUAGCAGCGUUCAGAGGCUGGAUCCGUGAUGAGACUGGUAUUUAAGUUAUACAAUUAUUGAAAAAAAAAUCGGUUGUAUUACUCAUCAUCAAUAAAAUGUCGAAUCAAGUGAAUGUUCCUCUUAUUAUGUAAAAUUGAAUACCACUAUUGAGAAAAUCGUCUUCUCCUUUUGGGUGGUGUUAUUAGUGCGUGAAGUAAGUAUUUACUGGGUAGCAUUGUCAAAUAGCUACGUUAAAGUCACGGUGUUUAGUGUUUAGUAUACUGUACAAAAAUUGUUGAACAGUGAAAUAUGCACACAAGGGUGCAUACGACUGGUACUUUUCUGACGAUGACAAAAUGUAAAUUUAUAACAUCUCGUAUAUAAAUUAGUUUAUUAAUAUACGGGUGAGUUCAAAAGAUGGGCCGACCCGUUAAUGUCAGAUUCUUUGAUAAUAAAAAAUAUUUUGUUGAAAAUGGUUAUGUAUGAUUAUAUAGGCAGUUUAUAGUUUUUUUGUAAAUAAAAGCCGCAUAUUUGCGAAAAAAAAUGUUUACUACAAGAAACUUUAGCAGUAUCAACUCUUUGCAUAAUUUUUGAUAACAGUUCUAAUUUGGCGGAUAUUGUACAUUAUUUACUAAAUUAAAAGUUAGACAAUUAUAGAAUAAGUAAUAACUGUAAUUCCACUUUGAAUCGUCUAUCUUAAUAUCUUAAUAUCAAUAAUAUCCAUUUUUGUGUGUUUCUUUAUUAUUGUAAUUUUAUUAUAUACAUCAAAAGGUACAUUUGUAAGGAAAAAUUAAUACGGCAAGAAAAUUAUGCAAAGUAAACGCAAUAAGUUUCCUUCAAGAAAAUUUGGGGGUAAUAAAGUGUAGGAUAACACUUUAUUGUCCUGGUAUGCGGUUUUAAUAAGUUUAUAUAAAAAGUGUAACCCAACAGCACAAUUAUAGACACUAAGAUUCAAGAAUAUAUGUGAAAAACUGCCAGAUUAAUUAAUAAAAAUAAAAAAAAUAAACGCCCUGUACCGUAACGCUGUGGUAAAAACGUAAAGUUAAAAUGUUAUUCGGCAGAGCAGUCUAGCGCUGCGCGGCGCGGAAAGAUAGACAUCGGUAAUCAUCAAUUGUAUGCAAAAUAAAAAUACGCAGGGCCUUGCUGGAAAAAAAAAAGGUAUCAUUAUCGUUGAAUAAAAUAAUAAAAUA